UUACCCAUAGUUCAUUACUUCGUUUCCUUUCUUCUGUCUCUAGCUUGUCCAAGAUGUCGUUAAUGGAUGGAGCGUUAAACGUGUUCGGCACGAGAACGACCGGCGAGUCCGUUCGUUCUCAAAAUGUCAUGGCCGCAUCAUCCAUCGCCAACAUCGUCAAGAGCUCCCUUGGCCCCGUUGGGCUGGACAAGAUGUUGGUGGAUGACAUCGGGGAUGUGACAAUCACCAACGACGGGGCUACCAUCCUGAAGCUGCUGGAGGUGGAGCACCCGGCAGCCAAGGUGCUGUGUGAACUGGCUGAGCUGCAGGACAAGGAGGUUGGGGAUGGGACAACUUCAGUGGUGAUCAUUGCAGCAGAGUUGCUGAAGAGUGCAGAUGAACUGGUGAAGCAGAAGAUCCACCCCACUUCAGUCAUCAGUGGAUACCGCCUGGCCUGCAAGGAGGCAGUGCGCUACAUCAAUGAGAACCUGACCAUCGCUACAGAUGACCUGGGAAGGGAGUGUCUGGUCAACGCAGCCAAGACCUCCAUGUCCUCCAAGAUCAUUGGAGUUGAUGCAGACUUCUUUGCCAACAUGGUGGUGGAUGCUACUCUGGCAGUGAAGUUUGUGGAUCAGAAGGGUGUGGCGAAGUACCCCAUCAACUCAGUCAACGUGCUCAAAGCCCACGGACGCAGCCAGAAAGAGAGCUAUCUGGUCAACGGAUACGCACUCAACUGCACCGUAGGGUCUCAAGGCAUGGUGAAGCGUUUGACCAACGCCAAGGUGGCGUGUCUGGACUUCAGCCUGCAGAAGACCAAGAUGAAGAUGGGAGUCCAGGUCCUCAUCAAUGACCCAGAGAAACUAGACCAGAUCAGACAGAGGGAGUCUGACAUCACCAAGGAGAGGAUUCAGAAGAUUCUGGCGUCUGGUGCUAACGUCAUCCUGACAACUGGGGGCAUCGAUGACAUGUGCCUCAAGUACUUUGUGGACGUGGGAGCCAUGGCUAUCAGGAGGGUCCUCAAGAGGGACCUCAAACGCAUUGCCAAGGCAACGGGAGCCACUAUCUGUCCAUCCCUGUCUAACCUGGAGGGAGAGGAGACGUUUGAGACGACCAUGUUGGGCCACUGUGAGGAGGUGGUACAGGAGCGUGUGUGUGACGACGAGCUCAUCCUGGUCAAAAAUACCAAGGCCCGUACCUGCGCCUCCAUCAUACUGCGUGGGGCCAAUGACUUCAUGUGUGAUGAGAUGGAGCGGUCCCUACAUGAUGCUCUGUGUGUGGUUAAGAGGGUGCUGGAGUCAAAGUCUGUUGUACCAGGAGGUGGCGCUGUGGAGGCAGCCCUGUCCAUCUACCUGGAGAACUAUGCCACUAGUAUGGGUUCCCGUGAGCAGCUGGCCAUAGCAGAGUUUGCCCGCUCCCUCUUGGUCAUCCCCAAGACCCUGGCUGUGAACGCUGCUCAGGAUUCCACCGACCUGGUCGCCAAGCUCCGAGCCUUCCACAACGAGGCCCAGGUCAACCCCGAACGCAAGAACCUCAAAUGGAUUGGUCUGGACCUGGUGAAUGGUAAACCCAGGGACAACAAGCAGGCUGGUGUGUACGAGCCCACCAUGGUGAAGACCAAGAGCCUCAAGUUCGCCACAGAGGCUGCCAUCACCAUCCUCCGUAUCGAUGACCUCAUCAAGUUGUUCCCAGACCAGAAGGAGGGUGGGCCUUCGUACCAGGACGCCGUUGCAUCAGGACAGAUGGACGGGUAGACAUUCCAGAAUCCGAUGGUUCCAGUUCUGGAAUCUGCCCUGGGUUUCUUAGAUCCCAACUGUAGUUCUGGUCCACUUGGCUUUGUCUGUGUAUUUAUACAUACAAGCUCUUGGCUGUUCCGUCAGUGUCCGUCAUAGGCUGUGCACUUUGCUUGUUUACUUUUGUUCCCAUGUGGUAACUUGUUACUGUGGGAACUGUAACUGAUUCUGUUGGACACUCACAAAUAAACCCCGACGGUAGAUUACCGUUGAUUUAACUCA